CCCAAGGAAUAUCUCUGGGGUUCCGCGGGGUCCCACCGAAAGGGGAAGCGGCGGGGGUUUGUGGUAGAGAGGGAAGCCCAUGACUCAGAUCCAAAUUGACAAGCUCGAUUCCACGCUGCUUACUUCUCUCUGACUGCCCCCUCCCCAUCCUUAAUCUUAGCAGCGAGAAAUAUCAGGUUCCCUGGCUCCCUCUUUCAGAAGCCUUCAGGAGCUGGAUUGGGCUUCUGAUCUAACUCUAGGGCUUGAGGGCAUAAGUCAGAAAUCAAGGUCGGAGAGGGUGCCUGACUGGUUAGGGUGCUCGGGACUGUUUGCUGAGAAUGGUGUGCGUGGCAAAUUAGGGGUCUUGAUCGUGGGGGAGGGUGGGUAGGGUCUUCCAGAGACUGGAGGGUGGCUGGGAGACUUGCUUGUUUCUAGAGUCCCCAGCUUUAGAAAUUUUGGGUAUAUUAUUGGUUUGAGGGACCUUUGAGUUUGAUAAGUCCCCAGGAUGGUGCCGCACCACAUUGUUUGGUGACCAUGAAAUUUCAGUUUGAGCAUUAACCUGCUCUCAGUUUGGAGAGAAGGCCUUCCCUUGUGUUCGAGGACCGUGCUCUGGCUGUGAUGGGCCUGCAUCUUGCCCUCCUGUACAUGGCCCUGGCCUGUGGCUUGCCACCUGCAGUGUGUUGUAUCAUAUGUGACCCAGCUGUGGCGGCAGCACUAAAGUCCUUGGAGACGGAUUACCUGCCCGGCCACCUGGGCGCUGAGCAUCACGCAGAUGUGAUGCAAAGGGUCGAGCACGCUGUGGAGGACUUCAAGAACCUGGAGUUCAGCAAGGAAGCCUACAUGGGGGCUGUUGAUGAGGAUACACUGCAACAGGCAUCCUGGAGUUUUCUGAAGGAUCUGAAGCGCCUUACAGACAGUGAUGUAAGAGAGGAGCUCUUUGUGAAGGAGCUGUUUUGGAUGCUGCACCUACAGAAAGAGAACUUUGCCAUCCUUGCUGAGCGGUUCCAAAAUGAAGUUUAUUGUCCUAACAGAUGUGGCAUGAUGUUGCAGACUCUGAUCUGGUGCAAUAGGUGUGAGAAGGAGGUCCACACCUGUCUGAAGUCCUUGGAUUGCGGGGAUCGCCAUGUGGAGGUCCACCAGAUGGAAGACAUGAUCCUCGACUGUCACCUCAACUGGCACCAGGCCUCUCAAGGACUGACUGACUACAGCUUUUACAGGGUUUGGGGGAACAAUUCUGAGACCUUGAUGUCCAAGGGGAAGGAGCCCCUCCUGACCAAGCCCUUGGUGGGGCCAGAAGAUGCAGGUCACUACCGCUGUGAGUUAGAGACCGUGAGUUCCGGCCCAGCCACAAUCAUCCAUUUCCACGUCAUAGUGUGGCCCAAAAGUCUGGACGAGGAGCAACAGUCACCAAACAUAACCUCAGAGCUCUUGGAUUCCUCCUCUGAGACCCUUAAAUCUCCGAAGCCCGAGGAUAUUCUGAGAACUCGCCUCUUACUGCUGCUGAUCUGCAGCUCUAUGAGUUGUAUACUUCUGAUAGCAGGCGGGGCUACAGAGCUAUUUCGCAGGGCCAAGACGAUGGCUAAACCAAAGUCUUCAUCAACCAACAUUGACAACGAAGGUACAGCGCAACCAAAGGAAAAGGCCUCAGAUCUGGAGAAACAAUAAAGAUUUGUCUUUUUGUCUAAGUAUCUGACUCAUUGCUCCAGUCUGAUCCAAACCUCUGGUUUC